AUGCCGGCCGUCCUCGGCGUGCGCAACAUCGCGUUCGCGAUUGUCGCGAUUGUGUUUUUGAUGUUGUUUUAUCAUACGUCUGGAGGCACGAGGGCACCUGUUAGUUGGUCACCGAAAGCACCGGAGUUCAAGGGUUUUGCGCCUCUGCCUGAGGGGAUCACGGUGCCGCUUUCGACGCAGCAGCAGGAAGAUGAGAAGUUGAGGCAGGAAGCCAAUGCUUUGGGAGGUGGUGCUGGAGGUGCGGCGAAUCCGGCGCAUGUUUUGCCUGGUGGGGAGCAGGUUGCUGCAGAUGGGAAUUCUAUGGGAGGACUUGGAGGAGCGAGUACUGAGGCCGGCCAGCUAGGUGGGUUGGGUGGUGGGAAUGCAUUGGGCGGAGGGUCUUUAGGAGGAUUGGGAGAUGGUGCUGCUGCUCCCCCUGCUGCUCCCUUUGCCCCAGCUGCUGAUGCUGGCCCUUUUGCUGCUCCUGCUGCUGCUGGUGGCUCUCUGCCUGGCCCGGCGAUCGAUCAGGCUGGUCCCCCUCUCGCUCCACCUCCUCCUGCUGCUGCUCCAGGAAUGCCUCCAGCACCCGCUCCGGGAAUGGUGAACGCGCUUCCUGUGCCUCCUGUACCAGCUGCUCCAGGUCCGGAAGCAGCCCAAAUGCCUCCUAUGCCAGCUAUGCCAGGACUUGGGAGUUCACCACAGAUGCCACCUCUUCAGCCAAAUCUUGGGAGCACGGUGGGCGGGACAGCACCUGCUGCACCACCAGUCUCAGAUCCACACUUCCAAGGAGGCUUUGCAGAUGCCCCAUUUCAGCAGAACCUGGACUUGGAAACGCCCAAGAUGGAUAUUCUGAAGCUUCGUCGCUAUAAGCCGCACAAUUACAAGGGCGAAGGGCACCCGACAUAUGCCACACACAUUACGACCCCGGGAGGAUCGCUGAACGACCCUUACUUCCUUGCAGCUCUACAGCUCAUCUUUCGCGUUCUAUGGGAUAUACGAUCCGGAUCCGCUCAAUACCCAUUCACGGCAUUCGUCGCGCCACACAUUACGGAAGAGCAGCGUAGCGUCCUCGCAGCCGCAGGUGCGAUAGUCCGCGAACUCGACUCCAUCGAAUGGCACCCGGACAAGAACACACAGGGUCGCUGGCAAUACAACUUCGCCCGUUUGAACCUCUGGCGUCAAACAGACUUCAGCAAAAUCCUGUAUCUCGACGCAGAUGCCUUCCCAGUCCAGAACCUCGAUGAUCUCCUAGGAGCCGCUACCCGAUCAUGCAGGAGGGAAUUACUGCCCUUAGAAGACCAGGCUUCCGGAGACGAGAUCUGCCCGUACACAUUCAUGGCCGCUCAACAGAACCUCCUUGCAAACCCUACGGCCACGAUAGAACUCAACACGGGAGUGAUGCUUAUCCAACCCAACCUCGCCAUGCACCGACGUCUUACACGUGAACUCACAGCGAACAAAAAUUGGGAUACCGCGAUGGCUGACAAGGCUUUCCUAUCUGAGAUGUUCAAAGCUUCUGGUCCGUUCCCAGUCGUGCAGUUAGCGAGGGAGUACAAUGGCUUCUUCCCUGGUCCGUUAGACGAGGGGAAGCUGAAAGUGGUGCACGAGAAGCUUUGGGUUGAGUUGCAGGAAUCUGCGCCUUGGACCAAAGGAAUGUUCAGGGAGAAGCAUGCGGAGAUGAAGGUAUUCUAUGAGAGUCCCGCCUUCCAGGAAGUCCGGCUAAGAGAUGGGGAGAGGGUAUAUUAA